AUGGGCCCACCUUUAAGCAUUUGGCCGUACAGCCAACCGAACGCACGUAAAACAAUUCGCACGCAUACAAGUGAACGGAACGCGUCCGAGAAGUGUCUUAUCAAUAAUUACGUAAACAAUUUUCGUGUUUUCUGUAUGAAUUUCACAUUUUUGUUGUUGUUCUUUCAAAUCGUGUUCGGUUUUGGAUACGCGGCGGCCGGAGUCGUCUUGAACAUGGAUUAUUUGCAAGGUCCGGUGCCGAUAGCCAGAAAUAUAAGACAUCUGCCGUGCAUAUCAAGAAAGACAGGGCAAGAGGGCCUUUGUAUGUUUGCCAUUGACUGCCUCAAAGCGAAUGGAACACAUCUAGGAGCGUGUGUUGACCGAUUCUAUUUCGGUUCUUGCUGUCAAUUAUCCGAUAAGACGACAAUCCCCCAAAUAGUAGCAAACCACAUUGACGACAACUCUAUAGAUAGUUUCAUUAAAGACGACAAACUAUCAAAUAAAAUACCAGAAAUAUUCGCUACGAAAAAAACUACCACAGAGAAAACGGCAACAACUUUAGCUGACCAAGCUGACGCUGUACAAGAUCGAACUGAAUCUAUGGUUCUUGAGACGAAAUCCGACGAGCAAACGACUGCUUACAAUAAAAUCACUGAUAAUGUCAAAUUAACGACAGCUCUCAACGUGGAAACAACGACUAAAGCUGAAGCGAAACACACUGAAGCUAUUACUGAAGUGCCGGUCAGAUUGUCGACAUUCCAAACCGUUUCUGUUGGUUCGAACACUGAAAAAUCGACGGAAAACGUAGAAAAAAUCAAAACGACCACAAUAAAACCGUCGUCGACAACUGAGAAAGUCACGAAACCAGUCAAAGUGUCCAUGAGACCUACAAUCAUACGGCCUACAUACAAACCGUAUAAUUACACUAGACCUCAAUACACUCAGUCCACCUAUAGACCGACGAAACCAGUUUCCAUCAAACCACUUUCGACCAGGAAACCGCCGUACCGACCUCCGACAAAACGGCCGACCAGAAGACCACUGCCGUCACCGCCUAGAUUGAACAUCACCAUCCUCCCACAAACAACACCGAAGCCGCCCAAACCCAUCAACCUUACUACCGAAGUCGCAACUGACAAGUUCGAACCAACAGAACCGUUACCUUCUACAACGAACUUCGAAACGACCACAAAUAAACCUAGCGCCGUCUCCGAAGACACCACUGAGAAGACAACGGUUCAAGAAGAGGUCACUGAAAGAAUAACCAAAAUUGAAACUGAAGCACCCACUUCAGUGCCAAGCUCGACUUCAACAGAAUUCCCGCCCUUUGUGACGUGGUCAAACACAGUGGGCGCUACAACUAAGCCGCCAGAAAAAGAAACAGAAUCAAAUAAAGUCACCGAAUCCGAUGAAGAAACGUGGUCACCUAUAACGCCACCCGCAGGUUGGGUUCUACUAUCGACCGUUCCACCGAAACCGGAUACUUCAUCAACCACAACCACAACGACAGUAGUAACCACGACACCAGAAAUUUUAACUACUCAGAUACCGCUGACAACAACAACAAAACUAGUAACUACUGAGAAACCGCUGACAACACCAGCACCAACGACGACUACAACCGAACAACCAAAGACCACCCGAAAACCAACAACUACCACCAAAAAACCAGAUACCACAACUCAAACCACAAUAACCACUACAACUCAAAUUCCAACUACUACAACGCCAACAACAACACAAAAACCGGCUACAGCCCAACCACCAACAACAUCAACGGAAAAACCGACUACUACAACAGAGAAACCGAUAAAUUCAACCGCGAAACCAGUUACUUCGUCCGAAGCACCGUUAACGGAGGUUCCAACAGAAUACCCAACGAUUUCAAUCUCUGAUGCCCCUGUCUUAGAGUUCACAGUCAAUGUAACUCUUACUCCAAGUCCAUCCUCCACCGAAGCUAUUGGUUUGACCACGCUCAACGCAGUUUCCAGCGAAGCUACGACUGAAAAAGCAAGUAAUGCCACUACUGAAGCUGUAUUGGAGAGCACAACGCAGACCGUAGACGUUGAGACAACAACCGAAUUCAUAAAUAUGUCGGAUUACAAAAACGUAUGCGGUAGGAGGCUGUGGCAGGCGCCGCAGAGCCGGAUCGUGGGGGGAGACAAGUCCACCUUCGGGAUGUGGCCCUGGCAGAUAUCCUUGCGGCAAUACAGGACCUCAACGUAUCUACACAAGUGCGGGGCGGCUUUGCUCAACGAGAACUGGGCGAUCACGGCAGCUCAUUGCGUCGAACACGUACCGCCGUCGGAGCUGCUGGUCCGUCUCGGGGAGCACGACCUGGCCAACGAGGAUGAGCCCUACGGAUUCGCCGAGAGACGGGUCCAGAUCAUCGCGAGCCACCCUCACUUCGACCCGGCCACGUUCGAGUACGACCUGGCGCUGUUAAGAUUCUACGAGCCGGUUAAGUUCCAGCCUAAUAUCCUGCCAGUAUGCGUGCCUGACAAUGACGAUGACUAUGUCGGGAAGACUGCUUACGUCACGGGCUGGGGAAGACUGUACGACGAGGGCCCGUUGCCGAGUGUACUCCAGGAGGUUCGAGUGCCCGUGAUCAACAACACGGCAUGCGAGGCGAUGUACCAGGCCGCCGGCUACAACGAGCACAUACCGAACAUAUUUAUAUGCGCAGGCAGAACCAAAGGCGGGACCGACAGUUGCGAAGGUGAUAGUGGGGGUCCUAUGGUGGUACGCCGCGACCGCGACGACAGGUUCGUCCUGGGCGGCAUCAUAUCCUGGGGCAUCGGUUGCGCCGAGCCGAACCAACCCGGAGUCUACACCCGGAUAUCGGAGUUCAGGGAUUGGAUCAACCAGAUCCUGCAGUUCUGAGUGACGUUAUAUUAUCUAUUCUGGCUUUGACGCGAUUCGAAAUUCGAAUGUUGUAAUUUCGAUAAUAAUAAUUGAAUAAUCGAUAAUCGUAAUUCGUAAAUCGAUAAAUGAAUUUAAAAAAAAAAACUCAAAGAAACCAUGUAAAAUAGAACUCAAAGCUAUUGAGGCAUUUCUUAACAAAAUUAUUUAAAUACAAAUAGUUUAAUUAAUUAGCCGGUUCAAUCUUCCCAACAAAUUCGAACGGGUACAUAAUAAAUUAUUAUUUUUAACAAAAUUUAAACAUCAAUGAUUUUGUAGUAAUUUAAUAUACCUACAUCGUAAAAACAAAGAAUUUUGAACAACGAACAUUUGUGCCACUUAAGUCGUGACUCAUAAAACGUUACAUAUGACACACAAAAGUCACGUAAAGUAUUUGCGUCUCGUUCGCACUUCCAAUAACACAUACACACGAGCGAGAAGAAAACAAAAUUAAAUAGUACUAUAAUAUAGUUUCAUAUAUUUUUUUGUGUAAAAGAUUACAUCAAACUUCAAAUUACCACAAACGGAACGAUAGAUGGCGUUGUUCUAAAAAAAACCAAGACAAUUUGAAAAUAUUAGGAAAUUGCUCGGAAUUUUACAUCGACACGAUAACUACAUUUCAAGAAAAUAAAAUAUGGGAAUAUGUACUUCACAGCUAAGCAUUGAUUUGAAGCUUUGGACUCACAGCCUCAAUGUGGUUAGUUUCUUCUCUCUCUACCUUAAGUUUUAUUAAAAAGAAAUAUUGAAAAGUAUAAUAUUGCAUUGGAUUCCAUAUCAUUCUUAUUCAAAGU